UUCUGGACUCUGGAGGAAUCUGUCAAGCCCUGGCUAGGAUGAAGAAAACUUGGGAGUAUGCUUUUGAAUUCUGCACAGCAACAGGAAAAGGGACACGGGGAGCUUCACAACGAGGCGACCCCUCCCUCCCCUCCAGACCCAUUUAUUCCGGGAAGCCCGCCGGCGCCCGGGCCGAAGGCGAAGCGAGAGCCGCCCGGCGCCGGCGAAGGCCUUCGGCCCUGCGAGGAGAGAGCGCGGCCUGGCCCGGGGCGGGGCGGCGCUUGGGGAGCCAUGGCGGCCGCCGGCUGGUCGGCGCGGGUCACGGCGCUGCUGCGGAGGAUGAACUCUUUCCACGGAGCAGGCUCCAUAGCAAGCUCGCUGCUUUUCCAAUUGCCCACAGCCCUUUGCAGUUCUUCGAAGGCUUUGUGCCUGCCAUUUAUGGUUGCUGGACAGCAGGUGGGCCACGUGCUGCCCUCUGUAGCCAAAUAUCUCUGUCAGUAUCCAGCUGUUUUCUUGGUGUCUUGGGGUGAUGGUGUGCCUGCUUGCGUGGAACUUAACAAGAAGCUGGCAUCCUCUGAGCAAAGAACAGAUGCUGUGGAAGGAGUACUCAGGGAAAUGAGAGCACAGCAAGACUUCCCUUGCCUGAAGGAGUGGAGAGAGGAGCUCUACAGUGUGAUGCCCUAUUUUUGUGACACGCCUCUCUUCAGCAUGGAGCGCUCUGCAACUCCAUUGUUUGGAGUGAAGCGCUAUGGCACCCACCUGAACGGCUACACUUGGCGCAAUGGGCAGAUGUUCAUGUGGUUGGCCAGGAGGGCGCUGAGCAAACUGACUUAUCCUGGCUUGCUGGAUAACAUGGCUGCUGGGGGCAUUGCAUCAGGGUUGGGUGUCAGAGAGACGCUGGUGAAGGAAAGCCAGGAAGAAGCUUGCAUCCCCGCUUCUCUCACUGCACUUGCCAAAGCUGCCGGAACUAUCAGCUACACCUAUGAGGGUGCACAGGGAGGCAUCUAUGCUGAAUGCCAGUUUGUAUUUGACCUGAAGUUGCCUGAAGGUUUUGUGCCCCAGGUGGGAGACGGAGAGGUCCAGCAGUUCUACCUCUGGCCACUUGAGAAGGUGAAAGAGGCCAUUGGAUCUCCAGAUUUCAAGCCCAACUGUGCAAUGGUGGCUCUGGAUUUCCUUAUCAGACAUGGCUACAUCCAACCUGAUGGAGGUAGGCUGCAGGAGAAAGGUGGCUUGUCUGAACCUCAUUAUGUAGAGCUUGUGGAAGGGCUACACCGAACACUCUAGAAGGAAAAGGCUGUCCUUGUGGUUGAUACAGAGGUCUUCUCUGUUGGUUGGUUUUUGCUGGACCAGUAAUCAUGGCAUGGACUUCAGUUGGAUUCAACAAUGGCUGCCCCAGCAGAGUAAUGUGCAGAGCUUGUACCUCAACAGGUUACUAUGGUAUAGUAAAUUAAUGUAUUUCUA